AAUAUUGAUGCAGUGUGCUUCGAUGCUCACCCGGUUUGCUACACAAGUUUAGCUUCGUCUUUCUCCCGGUAAAGUCCUAAAUGCGGAAACUUCCCAGAUGGUGCUUAUGGAUUGCCGAAGAAGCGUAAUAAUAAUACUCCGUUCAUUUGCCGGUCACAAGGAUUGGAGGGCCGCUUUGAGGGAAAUUCCGGUUGUCUCGGCCCGGCCUUGCUCUAGUCGCACCCUUUGGCCGCUUAAGUUUCGUCACUCACUUUAUCCCUACUUGUAGGUAGAUGAACCCUUAGCUCUAGCAAGUUCUGGGGGAGAAAAACGAAGAAAAAAGAAAUCCGUACUCUCCCUAUCCAUACUUGCACAUUUCUAACAUUUACGACUUAAUUCUCUGCAUUGAUUCCCUCAAUUGGCGAACUCCAUUAUUGUCUUGCCCAACUUCCUCCAAAUCUAGGUCAUCAUGGCUUUUCGCUUACCUCUUCACCGUCUCCCCGAACAAAAUCUGCGGGUCAUACCUCGAUUUGCCCAAAGCUCUCGUAACAUCAGCUUGGGCACCCGCAGGAACCUUACCUCAGCUGCGCUCCGCAACUGUGUCAGGAACUCUAGCCGGCCUGCUUCUGGUGUACCACUGGUUCUGGGGGCCAAUGUUUUUCGCUCUAGUUUCGCUCCCCUUGGGGGCUAUCAGAUUCGCACUUACGCGGACACCAUAGUUAAGGUUCCUCAAAUGGCAGAGUCUAUCACCGAGGGUACUUUGAAACAGUUCUCCAAACAGGUCGGAGAUUAUGUUGAGAGAGACGAGGAAAUAGCGACAAUCGAGACCGAUAAGAUCGAUGUGUCGGUAAAUGCUCCUGAAGCGGGAACCAUCAAAGAGCUUCUCGUAAACGAGGAAGACACCGUCACUGUCGGACAGGAGCUGGCAAAGUUAGAGCUGGGAGGUGCACCUGAGACCAAAACGGAGGAGGGAACCGAGAAGCCAAAGGAGCCCGCACCUACAGAAGAACCUAAAGCCCCCGAGCCAGAACAGUCCAAGGCCGCAAAGGCUUCUCCAGCUUCUGAAAAGCCUUCCGUACCUGAGCCUGGACCUUCCAAGCAGCCACAGCCCGCUGCCUCUAAGCCAGAAAUUAGCGAUGAUGCUAAGCCCGGCCCUGGAAAUCGCGAAGAGCGAAGGGUGAAAAUGAAUAGAAUGAGACUGAGGAUAGCUGAGCGUUUGAAGCAAUCUCAGAACACGGCUGCUUCCCUGACUACGUUCAAUGAGGUGGAUAUGUCUUCUCUCAUGGACCUUCGGAAGUUAUACAAGGACGAUGUGCUUAAAAAGACCGGUGUUAAGCUCGGCUUCAUGAGCGCGUUUUCUCGUGCUUGCGUACUAGCUAUGAAAGACAUCCCGGCUGUUAAUGCGUCGAUUGAGGGGCCCAAUGGUGGCGAUACUAUUGUCUACCGUGAUUAUGUCGAUAUAAGUGUCGCUGUCGCUACUGAGAAGGGCCUCGUAACACCAGUGGUGCGCAACGCCGAAACCAUGGAUCUUGUUGGUAUUGAAAAGGCCAUUGCGGACCUCGGAAAGAAGGCUCGUGACAAUAAGCUGACCAUUGAGGACAUGGCGGGGGGUUCUUUCACCAUUAGUAACGGUGGCGUCUUUGGAUCCCUCAUGGGUACACCGAUCAUCAACCUACCACAGACAGCUGUUCUUGGUCUCCACGCUAUUAAAGAAAAACCAGUUGCUGUGAAUGGCAAAAUCGAGAUACGCCCUAUGAUGUAUCUUGCUCUGACUUAUGACCAUCGCCUUUUGGAUGGCCGGGAGGCUGUUACUUUCCUUGUCAAGGUCAAGGAGUACAUUGAAGAUCCUCGCCGCAUGCUUCUCGGCUAAGCGUCUGUGCUCUGCUCAUUCGCCCAAUAGCUCUGCUAACUAUGCUUCUACUCCCAACACCUGCCCCGUGGCUUAGAUGUUUAUUUUGUAGAUUAACCACCUUGUGUGCAAGAUAUAUAUUAUCAAUUCC